AUGGACUCCUUAAAGUUUAAUAUUAAAGUUCCCUUGCUUGAGAAAGCAGCCUCAAAUAUGAAAGACAUAAUAUCUCACAUAAAAUUGAACGAUGGUAUUUAUUUCGAUAAAAAUAAAUAUGAUGAGAACGAUAUAAUUAUGAAUUUAGAAUGUACGAAUAUCUAUAAAAAGAUUGAAACGAUGAAACAUAUUCUUAUAGCUCAUAUAUUAAAAAUAGAUGUAUCCAAUUUAUUUUUUGAUGUAUUAAAAAAUAUAUCAAUAAAUAAUUUAACGCUUAAAAAAUUAAUAUAUAAUUAUUUAAUACUAUAUGCAGAAGGAAAUGAAGAGUUAACAAUAUUAACAAUAAAUUCUUUUAAAAACGAUUUAAAUAAUAAUAAUUACCAAAUAAGAGCUUCAGCAUUAAAAGCUAUGGCAUCUAUAAAAUCUAUAGAUAUGAUAAAUAUAUUAAUGAAUUCUUUAAAAAAAUUAUCGAAAGAUAAAUCACCAUAUGUUAGAAAAUCAUGUGCAGAUGUUAUACCAUCUAUAUAUAAUAUAGAUAAAGAUCAAUUUAUGUUUUUAAGAAAAAUACUUUUAGAUUUAAUAAAUGAUCAAGAUGUUGUAGUACUCUCCUCAGCAAUCAUGUCAUUUAAUUCGUUAUGUAUAUAUAAUAAUACACAUCGUAACAAUAAUUAUGAUAAUAAUAAUAAUAUAAAUAAUUGUGAUUUCACUUUACAAGACUUUAAUAAUUUUAAACCAAAUAUUUACAAAUAUGUAAAUUCGAAUGACUUCAAUUAUCUAGAUAAAAAUAAUUCGGACUCUUAUGAUUUUCUUUAUUUCUCAUCAUAUGAACAUUUUUGUAAAAUUAACUGUAUAGAAAAUGAAAGGUGUAAGAUGAUUGAACAAAAAGAUGGCAUGUUAGAAGUAAAGGAACCCGAACGACAAAAGGAAGAAACGGAUGAUAAUAAUAUUGGUCGUGGCGAUAAUAAUAAUGGAUGUGAUGAUAAUAAUAUUGGAUGUGAUGAUAAUAAUAUUGGUCGUGGCGAUAAUAAUAUUGGUCGUGGCGAUAAUAAUAUUGGUCGUGGCGAUAAUAAUAAUGGAUGUGAUGAUAAUAAUAUUGGUCGUGGCGAUAAUAAUAAUGGAUGUGAUGAUAAUAAUAUUGGUCGUGGCGAUAAUAAUAAUGGAUGUGAUGAUAAUAAUAUUGGUCGUGGCUAUAAUAAUAUCGAAUGUGAUGUUAAUAAUAAUAAUCUUGGAAAUAAUAAUAAUAAUAAUGUUAGAGUUAGCGAUAUCCAUAUUAAUGAGAACAAUAUUGACAAAAAAAAAAAUGAGGAUGCGCCUAAUAUAUUUAUGAAGCACAAUUUUUUAGAACAUCCAAAAGAGUGUUCAAAUUAUAAAGAAAAUAAUGAAAUGUACAAUUCAUUAUUAUGCUUACAUCCAUAUUAUUACAAGUUAUGUUCUUAUUUAUUAAUUAUUCAUCCUUAUCAUCAAACAUAUCUUAUCGAUCUUUUAUUACGAUAUUGUAAAAUGUUUUACAAAGAUCCUCUUAGUAAUAAAAAAAUUAAUUUAAAAAAGAAAACGAAAAAGGAAAAUAAGUUGAUAUGUUUUAAUCGUAGUUUUAUAAAUAAUGAAAGUUGUUAUCUUUACAAUAUUGAUGAAGAUGAUUUUUCUUCAUAUGAAGUAGACAUAGAAAUAUUUAUAGAUAAAUUAUUACUAUUAUUAUCAUCCAAUAGUUGUAGUGUUGUUUUGAUGUGUAUUUCUUCUUUAUACCAUUUAACAAAAUUUUUUUAUAAAGAAUAUAUAAUAGAUUCUAUAAUAAAUACGUUAUUUAGAUGUACUAUGGAAAAGAAUGAAGAUAUGUAUGAAAUAUUUUUAAAAAGUGUAAAACAUAUUAUCAUAUAUUUAAAAGAUGAUUUUGUAAAAUACAUAUCUUUUUUUUAUAUCAAACCUCAAGAUACUAAUAUUAUAAAAUCUAUAAAAAUAGAUCUAUUAUAUAUAUUAAAAAAUGAUUAUAAUAAAAUUAUUAUAUUAGAUGAAUUUUUAUAUAUUUUAUAUAUUCCUGGUAAUACUGAAGAUAUUAUUAAAAAAUUGUUCUCAUAUAUAACAUCUAUAGCUUUAACAAAUUCUUUAUGUUUAUCAAAGGCUAUGCAACAUAUUAUUAUUAUGUUAAAUUCAAAUAUCAAAUUAUAUUCAUAUCAAUCCAUAUUAUCUUUAAGAAAAUUAUUAAAGCAAAGUCAUAAAAAUCAAAUUGUCAAAAUCCUUUUUUUUUUAUGUAAAAUAUUAUUAUCUAUUCACCUAGAAGAAGUGAAAAUAUCAAUCCUUUGGACCUUAACGAAAUAUCAAAAAUAUAUUGAUCCUUUAUUAUUAUAUGAUAUCUCGCGCAUUUUAUUAAAAUCUUUUCAUACAUCUACCAAAGUUAUAAAAAUACAUAUAAUUCAUUUUGUUUUCAAAAUAUGGAUAUAUCAAUAUGCUUCUAUAAUGCUACUAUCAAAUGAAAAUAUCAACAACCAAACGAACGAUGCUAUUCAUAGUAAUAAUAAUAAUAACAAUAAUAAUAAUAAUAAUAACAAUAAUAAUAAUAAUAUUAACAAUAAUAAUAAUAAUAUUAACAAUAAUAAUAAUAAUAUUAACAAUAAUAAUAAUAAUAUUAACAAUAAUAAUAAUAAUAUUAACAAUAAUAAUAAUAAUAUUAACAAUAAUAAUAAUAAUAUUAACAAUAAUAAUAAUAAUAUUAACAAUAAUAAUAAUAAUAAUGUUAAUAUUAGUUUAAAUAAAAAAACAGACUUCAACCAAGGUAAAGAUCAAAUUAAAAUCUACACAGAAACUUCACAAGAUACAUAUUGCGAAGGAAAUAAAAUUUAUCAAGUGAAAAAAUAUCCAUUACAAGAUGAUAAUAUCAUAAAAGAUGAACAUAUAAUAGAUCAAAUAGAUAAUGAGCACGAAAAUAAUAAAAUGAAUCCUAACAAUAAAAAGAACAACAAUAAUAAUGAUAAUAAUGAUAGUAAUAAUAAUUAUGAUUAUAUUAAUGAACAUACAUUAACCAACUCAUUUUAUACAAACGACGAAUUUCAUAAAAACAAUAUUUCUAUAUUAAAAAAGCAUUUUGAAAAUUACGAAAAAUUAUGUAAACAAACUUUUAUGAUAGCAUUGAAAGAUCAUAAUUUUAAUGUUCAAGAUACCAGUAAAACGUAUAUGAAUAUCUUCUUAAGAUUAAAAGAAUUAAGUGCACAAAAAAAUAUUUCUUUAAAUAUAUUACAACGAAAUUUUUUUAAUGAACAUGUAGAUAUUUAUUCCAUUCCUUUGUAUUUUUUAAAAGAUUUUUUUAGAAAUGAUGACAAUAUCGUUUCUUCAAAAGCCUUUCCAGAAAAUGAAAAUAAUUGCAGCAUGAAGGUGGAUGCUCAUGAAAAAAAAACAAGUGAUGAUAGGAUAAAAGUUGAGGAUAAUACCAUAAAAACAAGUUAUGAUAAAACAAAUACAUGUAAUGAUAAAAUAAAUGAAAAAUAUAAUUCAAACACUUCACCAUGUGAAGAAAAUACUUCAAAUGAUUUUAACUAUACCCAAAAUCCAUUUUUAUUUCAACUAAACACUGUAUCUAAUAUAUUAAAUAAAAAAAUUUCAUCAUAUGUGGAAUUACCUGAUUUUGCACACGAUGACCUACCAAAAAUUGAACAUAUUAAUAAAAAUGAAAAAAAAGAAAAUAUUACUAGCAUUUCUUCAAAAGAUAUACCAAGAAAUAAUCCAUAUAAUAAAUUGAUCAAUGAACGUGUUUUUACUAAUAUAGAUGAUUUCUAUAAAGAACAAAAUUUUCAUACAUCUCAUCAAACAAAUAAAAACUCUUCAGGAAAAUCUAUCCUCUUUAAUAAAGGCACAAAAAUUCAAGGUGAAGACGAAGAAUCUGAGGAUGAAAAUGAACAUACAAAUGGACAUCAAAAUAAACAUCAAAAUAAACAUCAAAAUAAACAUCAAAAUAAACAUCAAACAUUUUGUAACAAUUCAAACAAUCAAUCCACAACCAUUAAUAAUACUUCUCAUUUCAAACAUGAACAAAUAAUUGAUGAACAAAUAAUCGAUGAACAAAUGGAUGAUAUAGAAAAAUUCUUUUUUAGUGACACAGAUUAA